AUGCCGUCCCUCAGCGCAAUCGUGACCGGAGGCGCAUCGGGCAUCGGUGAAGCCGUAGCGACCAAACUCGCCAGCCGCGGGGUCAACGUCACCAUUGCCGACCUCGAUACCGAGGCUGGAGAAGCACUCGCGAAAAAGCUCGAGACCGACUUUGGAGCCGCGGCCAUAUUCGUCCACACCGACGUCUCCCUGGAAGACGAUGUAAAAGCCAUGGUGGAGGCCGCGGUCAAGAGGUUUGGUCGGCUGGAUUUCGCGGCCAACUGCGCGGGAGUGUCGGAGACGGUGUGGCAUGAAGAGCAGAGCAUCACGACUCGGGACUUUGAUCGGGUCUACUCGAUCAACGCCAAGGGCGUCUGGCUGUGCCAGAAAUACGAGGCGGCCCAAAUGCAACGCCAACCGCCCCGUCCGAUCAGCCUGUCGGGGCCAUCGUCGUCGCGGACCAUCCCCGGAGAGCGGGGCUCCAUCGUCCACAUAUCGUCCGUGUGCGGCCUCAUCUCGCAAGGGCUCGGGGCGUACACGCCCGCGAAGCACGCCGUGCUGGGCAUCACCAAGAACGGCGCCAAGUUCUACGGCAAGGACCAGAUCCGCGUCAACGCCGUGUGCCCCGGGUGGGUGUACACGCCGCUGCUGGAGAAGGUCAUGGGCCGGCAGGGCGUGGCGGGGACGGCGGAGACGGAGCAGAGCCCCGUCCUGGACCGCAUCAUGAUGGGCCGCAUGUCGUUCCCCGAGGAGCAGGCCAGCGUCAUCAGUUUCCUCUUGAGCGACGACAGUAGCUAUGUCAACGGGGCGCACAUCGUGGUGGACGGGGGGUUUGUAGACAUUCACCCGUGA